AACGAGAUAAGGAACGAGGGCGAGGGGAGACGGAUAAAAAAACAGAAGAGGAGGCCGCACGGGAGCCGGCAGCGAUGGCGUCGACAUCAGCCGUACUAUCCUGGAGCUCUUCCUGCUGCUCGUGGCCGCGGUCAUUGGGCGGAAGCCUUCGUCGCGAGAGCCCCAACCCCACGGACACGGGGAGGGCGACGCCCAUCGUGGCCCAGAAGAAAGCCAAGAAGCUUCGAAAGAUUAUUCUCAAGGAGGACGUCCUGGAGCUGGGGAAGAAGGGGCAGCUCCUGGACGUGAAGGCCGGGUUCUUUCGCAACUACCUCUUCCCCACGGGGAAGGCCCAGCUCGUCACUCCUCUCUUUCUCAAGGAAAUGCGGAUUGAGGAGGAGAGAAUUGAGGCUGAGAAAAAACGGGUAAAAGAAGAGGCACAACAACUUGCUUUAAUUUUCCAAACAGUUGGAGCUUUUAAGGUGAAGCGCAAAGGUGGUAAAGGAAAACAAAUUUUCGGAACUGUUACUGCACAAGAUCUUGUUGACAUAAUCAAAGCGCAGCUAAAUAGGGAUGUCGACAGACGGAUUGUCACCCUUCCAGAGAUCCGUGAAACUGGUGAAUAUGUUGCUGAGCUUAAGUUACACCCAGAAGUUACCGCCCAAGUGAGAUUGAAUGUCUUUGCAAAUUAAGUGAACUGUCUUUCGAAAUCCUUCUCUCUUUCGAGGAGGUCAUGUAAACAAACUGGUUGAAGAGAAAUAUUGCUCUUUGUAUAUGUAAUGAAUUUUCUGCUCUCAAUAGGUUCUAUCAAAAGCAUAUGCUGGUACCUACUUGCACAUGAAGGGCAUAGUUCCAGCACGGCGAGAUGUAGAGGAAUGUUUGUCCUUUCUCCGUCAACUUUCCUGCAGUUUUAAGGGUAUCAUGUUAUGUCAUACUUUAUUGCUUGUGUACAUGUUCUUUUUUCCCUCAUCCUUUCUGCAAACAGUGGCUGUUUUGAUUGUUCGUAGAAGGAUAACCACCUUUCUAAGAGGCACCAUGUUAUUAAUCACUUGAUUGGAUGCUAUGCUUUGUA